UUAUGAGAAACCCAUUUAGAAACAGUGAGGGAGUUAUAAAGGGCCCUCAUCUGCAUGUGAAGUAUAUAAGAGCUGAGAAGAUUUGAGCAAUCCUCCACAUCCUCAUAUUCACACAUACAGGGAGCACUAAAGACAACACAGAAGAAGAGUUUACCAUUGACAGGUACUUUUGAGGAAAGUAAAAUGAAGCUGAUGUUUGGACCUCCUCUUUUCCAUUUGCUCCUAUGCUGUGCAACCCAGACAUUAGGUGUCCGUAUUGAGUCUGCCCCAGCCUUCAACAGUGAGGGGGUUAUACAGACAGAGCUGGAGAAGACUGUGACUCUGCUUUGUCAGCCUGAGGGUGGACAUGAGACGGAAGAGGAGCUGAUGUGGUUGAGGAACGAUGCUGCAAUCAGUCUUAAGGAAGGAAACACCAAGGGUAGCAGCAAAGUGUGCGUUACGCCCGUCCUCUCUGAAGACAAUGGUGCUACUUUCACCUGUCGCCUAAGGGAAAACGCCACAGUCAGCGCCUCAAUCACCCUGGAUGUCACAUUCCCCCCUCAGCUCUCUGGUUCAGAAGAGGUCACAGUGGAGGAGGAGGAAGUUCUGGUCCUGCUCUGUGAUAUCCAUGCCAAUCCACAGGUCUCAUCUGUGUCCUGGAUGCUGAAUGGAAGUACAGUUGAUCUACUUGAAGGUGGCUUCACAAUAACCAAUGAUGGAUCUACAAGCCAGCUGUCCACUGGCAGAGUGGAUCGAAGCUUACAUCAAGGCACCUAUCAGUGCACAGCAAACUCUGCCAUGUAUGGCGAAUACACAAAAGUCUUCUCUGUCACAGCAACAGAAAGAACCAUUAAGUUCCCAAUGAUGCCCAUCAUAGCAGGAGUGGUGGUGGUGUUCCUCACUGCACUUCUUGCUGUUGCUUCACGAUGGAGAAAAAUUGCACAGUGCUGCAAGUAGGCCCUAUCCUAAACAACUGGUCAUCCACGCUUCUUCAAGUGAAAGGAGACAUGAAGACUUCACCUCUCUGUUAAUGUGCACAAUCCUGUAUUU